GGGGUUGGCGAAGCUUAAAUGGUCGCACCAUAGACAAAGAAACCCAGCCUGUUUGCAUUCGCACCAAAGCAAACAUACAAACAAAGAUCGUGAAUGAUGAAGGAAUUCCGAGAACAAAGCUAUUGACACUUCGACUGAACAGGCGAUAGGUCUCCACCCAGAGAAAUACCUGCUCACCGAGAACUUCUAUGCGCAAGAAAGACGUCUUCUGACAGAGAGGCAUGGCAAUGGUUCCUGGGCUUAAAUCCUGGGCCGUGAAAUAUGGCGCCCUGGCCAACGGCAGGUUUGGCAGCAACAAGAGCGGUUUUACACCCAUAGAUUACGUCUUUCCAACGCUUGGUUCAACUCCGGAUCCAAAUGUUAUGGCGAUCGAGAAUUUUCAGCGCGAGAAUUUAUUUGCCUUUACGAGCAGAGAGUUAGGCCAAUUGGAUUGCCUGCCAACGAGGGAGUUAAUGCCAGGGAACUUGCAAAAUGAUAUCAUGCCACUGUUGCAGCUCGAGAACUGGGAAACAGCACCGGCACAGCCUGAUUUUACGAGGGAUCACUUAUACCCGCUGCAGAACGGCAAGGGCAUGUGGUCUGCGGAUAACGAUGAAGUGUGGAGUGUUGUGGAGCCGAUCGUAAAACUGGCGUCUAGGAUGCUUAUGUCGGUUCAUGUGAUGCCUUGGUUUGACGCCUUGCUAAACGGAGAACGAAGACCUAUUCCGGAUCACAGACUACAUCCGGCGGAUAAAAAAGAAGAGGACCUUCAAUCUUUCCAUGUGCGCGGAUUCGUUCAGGCAGGACUGGGACAGCAGAGAGAUUACGUAUUCAAGAUACUACGCACAAAAUUUCGGUUAAAAUAUGGAUUCAUGAUUGUAUCCGAAAGCCCCGAAGGGCCGGAAAAGGACCCAGAGGACGCGCUUGGGAUAACUGUCACAAACGCUGAUUACAUGCAACAUGAUCCCGAAUCCAAGAAAAGCUGGCGCAUAUGUGUUUUUAUCAACCUAUUCCAGCUCGAACUUCUCAUGCGGGAUGAUCUGAACACUGCAGAGCGGAUGACAAUACAAUGGGCAGUUGCUGAUACAAUUGUGCAUGAGACUAUGCAUGCCGUUGCGGCAUUCCUAGCCACGGAGAACAAACUGGAUUUUGGAGAACCAUACUUCGAAGAUGAUGCUUUAGCUGAGGUUGGGUUUAGCUUCGAAUCAAUCAUCAAUUCUGGGAUACCCCAAGAAUUCCUAUACGACUCUGCUGCUCCCAACCCGCCACUGGGACAUUUUCUUAGAAGAUACUGGCCCACAUACUACGAUGUCUUUGCCCGUGACCUCGAUAAUCCAAUCCUCACCGCGCCAGAUCCACACACGCACAACGAAUACUUUCCUAUACCAAUAUCGUUCUAUGGGGAUAUCCAGCAGGAAGGCUUUUGGUCGGUGCUUGUUCGACAAUUCGGGAAUAACGUCUUUCAUUAUCGUGCUCUGAAGGAGGGGUCCCGCGUCAACUACACAGUAACCCAUAUCGCCCAAGGGAAAUACAAAAUCAGUGACCCCGUGAGGUUCACAGAGGGAGAUCCCCUCAAGAUUGUGAAUGGACAAUUCAAAUACAGCGUUAAGGGCCUUCGAGCAGCCAUUAAUUUGACCCCCGAGGAGCGAGACGCACUGAAGUUUGGCCAAAGGUUGGUAACUAGCUCUGAACUCCAAGAAACAUUCUGGACCGAUGCCGUUGAACAACAAGCCAGUAUUCAAAACAUCACUCAUCUAACUGCAUCCGCUUCCCAAGCCGUUAGUACUCCUGAUCAUGUCCGCCAAGUCUAUCUGGCCAUUUUCAAUUCCACACAACAAGCAAUCACGAGCCACGAACGCAUGAUUGCUGGAAUUAUGAGCCAAGAGGCAACAAAUGAUGCAAUAUUCUUGGAUCGCAGAAAAAGCCUUCUGGCAUGGAAUAAAGGGACCCGUUCAUUCAUCCGCCAACUGAUUCGAGCCGAUGCCCAGAACAGUCUUAGUCUUGGAGCAGAAGAGCUCAGAAUGGAGCAGUGCCGUAUGGCACUCUGGAACCCCAACGACGAAAACACGAGAUCUGGAAAUGACUGGCUCGAAAUCACAAUCCUGCAGAAUGCGCGCCAAGCUUUGAGGGAUAAUCACCUUGAUCAAUGUAAACAUCUAUGCACCCAUUUGCUUGGGGAAGAUUGGAGAUCGGUGUUUGCUGAAUGCGCAGCGCGGACGAUCCUCUUUGCAGUCAGCAAAGACGUACGUGAAGGGUGGGCAGACCGAUUCAUGGACCUGCAGAAGAUAACGAGUAUACUGGAGAGCCUGAGGGCCGGUGCUCCGGCGUACUGGAAGAAUGAGGUGGUGGCUUUUGCACACAGAGGUUCAGAGGUUGCUUACGACGCGAGACCCUGCUACUCCGAUGCAUAUUUCUCCCGAGCAGGGGGCGAUCGUAAGUCGGAAUCCGCAGGAGGAUACGAAAGUGGCCUCGCCGAUUCCAUAUCCACCAACAAGUCCUGUAGAUGCGGGGAAAAUGGAAGAAUAGGGGUAUGUCAAUAUUCGAGCCUCGGAGUUUCACGAAAGAGAAGAUUUGGUUUAUCCGAAAUGGAGUGAUAUGAAACGAACGGUACUUACGAAUUACCCUCUCACUGUGUUUACAGCCUUCUUCUCUAAAGUGAGGCCGAAGAACACUUGUCUUGCACACCCGGUCCAGGUGUUGAGAGCGUACUUUCCAGUUACGUUAUAUCAUUUUCCAGGUCAAAUCCCUCGGCGUCUCACGCAAAGCAAAGUCAUUUGUGGACUAUACUGCCAUUUGUCUUCUCUAUGACUACUAAGGGCGCAAAUUGGCCAAGAG